AUGCAUUUGCCGAUGAAAGGAAAGCGUUAUGCAGACGUCGAGGCCAUUCAAAAGGCUUGCACCGGCAUACUGGAGGCCAUACCGGGCAACGAGCUAAAACACUCGUUCGACUUGCUUUUGGACCGCUGCGCCUUGAGCGUGGUGCAAACGUUGCUGGGCGCCUACGCAGGCGUCACGCUGCUGGUGCAUUCCACUUGGCAGUCGCGUCUCAAGCGCUGGCUGCUUGGGGCCUUGCUGUUGGGAUUGCUGGGCGGUGCCUUGUGUGGAUUCUCGAGGGAGAACGGAAUCAUUCCGGUGAACAAGAAUCUGUGGUCGCUGUCGUUUGUCUUUGUCACAGUCGCGUUGGCUUUGCUGCUGCUCUCGCUGCUCUACUAUGUGAUAUAUGUGCGUCAAUGGUGCUCCGGUUAUCCAUUCACCGAGUGCGGCAUGAAUGCGAUCAUCAUGUAUGUAGGACACACAGUGAUGCAUCGAAUGUUGCCCUGA